AAAUCGGUACAAAUGUGUAUAAUUGUUUUUCUUUUGUUUUAGAAAGACCACAUAGAAGUAAUUUUCGAAUGCUUUAGACCACGCAUAUAAUUUAUUUUAGGAUAAUGUAUGUGACUUUUUUAAUAUAUCCAAAUAUCAAACCAAGUACAUGUGAACACGAUCACAAGUUCACAACUCCACCCAAUUAAACACAUUAAUUUUGAGACAAACCAAAUGAAAAAUGAACAACAUCCGAAGAUUUUGGUCUUCUUCUGGUUUCAGCUCCCAAUUUGUCAGAUUAGGAUAUAGAAAUUACACUCACAAUUAUUCCUCCAUUAAUAAUAAUAAUAAUAAUAACUCUGUUUCCAGUUCCUUUCUCAUCCAUGGUAUCCACGUGUUUCAAUGCCCUGAUGCAAUUGGAAUCUUAGCCAAAUUAUCAGAUUGUAUUGCUUCUAAGGGUGGUAACAUUCUUGCUGCUGAUGUUUUUGUACCUCAAAAUAAACGACUUUUCUACUCUAGAACUGAUUUUGUUUUUGAUCAUGUUAAAUGGCCUCGAUUGCAAAUGGAAGAGGAUUUCUUAAAGAUCUCUAAAACAUUUAAUGCUGUUAGAUCUAUUUUAAGGGUGCCUGCUAUUGAUCCUAAAUAUAGGAUUGCUGUUCUUGCAUCAAAUCAGGAUCACUGUUUGAUUGAUUCAUUACAUGGAUGGCAGGAUGGAAGACUUCCAGUGGAUAUCACUUGUGUAAUUAGUAACCAUGAUAGAGGUCCAGAAAGUGAAGUGAUUCGUUUUCUUGAAAGGCACGGUGUUCCUUAUCAUUAUUUAAAAACAACAGCAGAAAACAAAAGAGAAGGGGAGAUUUUAAAGCUGGUUCAGAAUACUGAUUUUUUAGUACUUGCAAGUGAAUUUUUAAGGAGUUAUGGGAAGGAUAUAAUUAACAUUCACCAUUGCCUAUUGCCAUCAUUUAAGGGUGGAAAUCCAUCUAAACAGGCCUUUGAUGCAGGGGUGAAAUUAAUUGGUGCAACAAGUCAUUUUGUGACUGAAGGACUUGAUGCUGGACCAAUUAUUGAACAAAUGGUUGAAAGAGUUUCUCAUAGAGAUGAUUUGCAGAGCUUUGUGCAGAAAUCAGAGAACCUUGAGAAACAAUGUCUGUCAAUGGCUAUAAGAUCUUAUUGCGAGCUUCGAGUAUUACCAUAUGAAGAAAAGAAUACAGUUGUAUUUUGAGAAUAAACAUCAACUAUACAUAUAAUAUGUAAUGUACCAAAAUGUGUAGUUGGACAAACUCACAUCAUAUUCCACUUUAGUGAUUAAGACCUUUAGAGAUGUCUUGAUUCACUAUUAUUAAAAAAUGUCGGUGUGGAGUUCCAAUUUUUGGGUUAGUGGUCUGUGGAGGAGAGGCUACACUUUAUCACUUAAUUUUAAAAUAUUUUCUGUCAAGUAAGACAUAUGAUUUCCCAUCA